GUGUAUAUAAACAGCAUAAAAAAGGAUGGGUUUCUACCAUCUAAUAAGAAUUCGCAAAAAGAGAGGCCAACUCGGUUGUCCAUCACAUAUACCUUCUUUCACGUCAUGCUUCAUAUUAAUCUCUCCUUGUGAGAUUUUAUGUAGAUUUGAGCCCAGCGUCAAAAUCGAGAGAAGUACAAGGAUUUCUUACAAUUUAAUAUUAACAUAGCAUUCAUGACAAGAGAAUGAUACGCUAUAUAACGAUUUAUAGGUUGUAUGGCCAGUCGUCCUUGUUGCCAUAAGACAGCCGAUAUAUAUGUCACUGUCCUUGAAAAUCCUCGGGUUAUAAAAACAGUGAAUCUGGAAAGAUUUAUAGAGCAAGUUAUUCGUACCGUUACGAUACUAGCGUUCAAAUAUAGUUACAAUGCCACAAGUAACUUGCACAAUGGCUCCAAAUACAAUUUAAAGCGCAACAUCAAAUCUAAAGGUUUUCUAACGAUGGUCGACAACUGUCAACACUUGGAUACGAUUUCAAGAGAUGAUUUUUAAAGAACCGUCCAUAGUACUUAUAAAAUUGUUUUCUAUUUACAUUAGUAAUAUAACAGAAUAAUAGAUUGG